CAGAGCCAUGCUUUCAGCCCCACCCUUUAUCUGUUUUUUUCUUCUGUCAGCCACUCUUCUCCAUUAUGAUAAUAUUUGUGGAUAAUAUUCUCCAUUGGAUAUUAUGGGACAGGACUCCAUUCAUGAUAAACUAGCAUAAACUCCACAAACAAUUGCAAAAUCCAUUUUUUUUUUUUUCCUCUCUGCUUCCAAGUCUACAGUUCCUGAGCUGAGCCCAGACAGUUUGUCACAAUGCUUGGACCCUUUGGUUGAAUUUUGCUAUAGAUAUGGAGAACAUAUUUGGUGAAAAGCCCGAGUAAUUAUUAACUACUUGCUCCCUGCUCUCACAAAAUAGUAUUUUUUCUUUAGGAACUUCCUACGAAGGAAUGUGAAAACGAAAUAGAAAUUUGAGUCUUGGCGUUGGUGGGUGCUCUUGUAAAGUUAUCUCCAGCUGAAGACUUUAAAAUUGGAAAAGACAAGAGGACCAUAUGGGAGAAUCUGGCAAUGAGAAGGCUAUUUCCAAAACCACCAGAAAACAUCAAGUGAGGACUACCACUAUCAAGAAAGGAUGGGUUCAAGCAUUACCAAUCAAGGAGCAUUCCCUUAAUGACAAGAAUCAAUUAUAUCCGACAUCAAAGUCUACAAAUUCAAAAAAUCAACCCUACUGCAUCAUCUGCAAGACCAAAAAUAGUUGCAGAACAGUGCGCUCAAGAACAAAGUUAAUGAACAUUUUGAUAGAAAGAGGGAAACCCCAGGAAGUCGAGUCCAUAUUUGACAGUUUGAUUGAAGGAGGGCACAGGCCAUCCCUUGUAACGUACACAACCCUUUUGGCUGCCUUGACCAUCCAGAAGCGCUUCGAGUCCAUACAUUUGAUUAUCUCACAGGUGGAAGAAAAUGAAAUGAAGCCUGACUCAAUAUUUUUUAAUGCUGUUAUAAAUGCUUUCUCUGAAUCUGGGAACAUAGAGGAAGCCAUGGAAACCUUUUGGAAAAUGAAGGAGAAUGGACUAAAACCCACUACUUGCACUUAUAACACAUUAAUUAAAGGUUAUGGGAUUGCCGGUAAGCCUACAGAAUCUCUGAAGCUGCUAGACUUGAUGUCCCAAGAGGGAAAUGUAAAGCCCAAUCUCAGGACUUAUAAUAUGCUUGUCAGAGCAUGGUGUAAGAAGAACAACAUCACAGAGGCUUGGAAUGUGGUAUGUAAGAUGGUAGAUUCUGGGAUGCAACCUGAUGCAGUUACAUACAACACAAUAUCAACAGCUUAUGCUCAAAAUGGAGAGACAGAUCGGGCUGAAAGGAUGAUUUUAGAGAUGCAGAACAACAAAGUGCAGCCCAAUGAGCGAACUUGUGGCAUCAUCAUAAGUGGGUAUUGUAAGGAAGGUAAAUUAAAGGAGGCCUUGAGGUUUGUGCAUAGGAUGAAGGAUCUUGGGGUGCACCCUAACCUUGUCAUUUUUAACUCAUUGAUCAAAGGAUUUGUGGAAAUUAUGGACAGAGAUGGGGCGGAUGAGGUUAUGACAUUGAUGGCUGAAUUUGGGGUCAAACCAGAUGUGAUAACAUAUAGUACCAUCAUGAAUGCAUGGAGCACAGCAGGGUUUAUGGAGAAGUGCAGGGAAAUCUUUGAUGACAUGAUGAAGGCUGGAAUAGAACCUGAUGCACAUGCCUACAGCAUUCUUGCUAAAGGAUAUGUGCGUGCACAAGAACCAGAGAAAGCCAAAGAACUAUUGACAGCAAUGAUUAAAUCUGGAGUCCGUCCAAAUGUUGUGAUUUUCACAACUAUCAUCAGUGGUUGGUGCAGUUCUGGCAAAAUGGAUCACGCAAUCAAGGUUUUCAAUGAGAUGUGUGAAUACAAGGUUUCUCCCAAUCUGAAGACAUUUGAGACCCUGAUUUGGGGAUAUGGAGAAGCAAAGCAGCCAUGGAAAGCAGAAGAAAUGCUCCAGAUUAUGAAAGAAUUUGGCAUUCAGCCAGAGAAAUCCACUAUCUUGCUUGUUGCAGAAGCUUGGCGUGCCACUGGGUUAACAAAAGAGGCAAAUCGGAUACUGGGUACUAUGAAAGGUAAGGGAAUGACACGUCUAAUACCAACAGAAGAAGAGAUACAAGAGGAGAGCUUAGAGAAAAUUUACCAGAGGCAGCCUACGGGCGCCUCUUAUUCCAAUUUGUUACAGAUACCAGCAAUAUUUACCAGCGAUCAAAAAGGAUCAGCUGCAGCAACUAAAAAAAGUCGAAUGGUGUUAAGAGAUGGUGAUUUUUCAUUAGAGAGUUCAUGCCUUGCUACUAAAACUGUGUAUCUUACUCAUACUUGUAAAUUUGGGGAUAGAUCACCAAUCAUAUGCCGGAAACAGUCACAAGGGCAGCUUGGAACGUAUGCUCCGCUUGCACUUUCAUGUACGGUUGGAUUCUUGAACUGAAGGAAAUACAGAAAUCAAUUAUGCCUGUUGAUGUAUUUGCAUCCACGAAGCCUUCCCAGAGAAAUUCAACUUAUAAAUGUUGUCAAUAGCUAAGAAAGCUGCUUCAUUUCAUUUUGUUUGAGCACUGCCGAAUAUGCAAAGUCAAUAUAAAUUAACAUGUAUUUUUUUUUUACAACCCAUCAAAUGUUCAUGAAACUUUUAUGCUCAUUCUUGUAAAAUGUUCUG